UGAAGUCUAUAAUUUAUUCGUGCGACCAAGUGGAGAAAAGAAAAAAAAAACUGCUGACAGACGAAAGAAGAAGGAAGAGAGGAUGAGGGCACUCGCCGGAGUAGAAGACGAGGAGAAGUGGCUGGCGGAAGGAAUCGCCGGAAUCCAGCACAACGCUUUCUUCAUGCAUCGGGCUUUGGACGCAAAUAAUCUCAGAGAAGUUCUCAAGUACUCCGCUCUGAUGCUUUCGGAGCUCCGCACAUCCAAGCUCUCUCCUCAGAAAUAUUACGAUCUCUAUAUGCGAGCUUUCGAUCAAUUGAGGCAGCUGGAGAUUUUCUUUAAAGAUGAGAGUAGGCAUGGAUUACCCGUAGUUGAUUUGUAUGAGCUUGUUCAACAUGCCGGCAACAUAUUGCCCAGGAUGUAUCUGUUAUGUACGGUAGGGUCUGUUUAUAUCAAAAGCAAGCAGGCUCCUUCUAAGGAUGUUCUUAAGGAUCUUGUGGAAAUGUGUCGUGGUGUUCAACAUCCCAUUCGUGGGCUCUUUUUGAGGAGUUAUCUUGCUCAAGUGAGCAGGGAUAAAUUACCUGAGAUUGGCUCAGACUACGAAGGAGAUGCUAAUACUGUGAUGGAUGCAGUGGAAUUUGUGCUACAAAAUUUUACUGAGAUGAAUAAGCUCUGGGUUCGGAUACAGCAUCAGGGACCAGGUACUGUUCGAGAAAAGCAGGAGAAAGAGAGGAAUGAACUUCGUGACCUUGUUGGAAAAAAUCUGCAUGUUCUAGGACAGAUCGAAGGUGUUGACCUUGAGAUGUACAAAGAGACUGUUCUUCCUAGGGUCUUAGAGCAGGUCGUCAACUGUAAAGAUAAGCUGGCUCAGUAUUAUCUGAUGGAGUGCAUAAUUCAAGUCUUUCCUGAUGAGUACCAUUUGCAGACUCUUGAGGCCUUAUUGGCUGCUUGUACCCAACUGAUGCCAACUGUUGACACCAAGAUAGUGUUAACACAACUAAUGGACCGGUUGUCAAACUAUGCUGCCUCAAGUCCUGAUGUGUUACACGAAUUUUUGCAAGUGGAAGCUUUUGCUAAAUUGAGCAAUGCAAUUGGAAAGGUGAUAGAUACACAGCUUGAGAUGCCUAUUGUUGGAGCUAUGACUCUGUUUGUCUCUCUUCUGACUUUUACUCUCCGGGUUCAUCCUGAUCGGCUUGACUAUGUGGAUCAAGUAUUGGGUGCAUGUGUAGUUAAGCUUUCCAGUGUGCCCAAGCUGGAGGACUCCCGUGCAAUGAAACAAGUUGUUGCACUUCUGAGUGCUCCUUUAGAAAAAUACAGUGACAUAGUUACAGCUCUUACAUUGUCAAAUUAUCCGCGUGUCAUGGAUCAUCUUGAUGAUGGAACGAACAAAGUAAUGGCAAUGCUUAUUAUUCAAAGUAUAAUGAAAAAUGAUACAUGUAUAUCAACUGCUGAUAAGGUUGAGGUGCUGUUUGAAUUGAUUAAAGGACUUAUAAAAGAUUUGGAUGGAACCAACGUGGAGGAGCUUGACGAGGAGGAUUUCCAAGAGGAACAAAAUUCAGUAGCCCGUCUCAUACAUAUGCUUGAUAAUGAAGAACCAGAGGAGAUGCUAAAGAUCAUAUAUGUUGUGAGAAAGCAUCUUAUGACAGGAGGACCUCAACGCUUGCCUUUUACCGUUCCCCCGCUUGUUUUUUCUGCAGUUAGGCUGGUCAGGCAGCUAGAAGCCCAGGGUGGAAAUAUAGCAGGAGAAGAUGUUCCAGCAACCCUAAGAAAGAUUUUUCAAAUUCUCAACCAGACAAUCGAAGCUCUUUCCUCAGUUCCAUGUCCUGAACUGGCUCUAAGGCUCUACCUCCAAUGCGCUGAGGCUGCAAGUGAUUGUGAUCUUGAGCCUGUUGCUUAUGAGUUUUUUACCCAAGCAUUUAUAUUAUACGAGGAAGAAAUCGCGGACUCAAAGGCACAGGUAACUGCGAUUCAUCUGAUCGUAGGAACCUUGCAAAGGAUCAAUGUUUUUGGUGUUGAAAACAGAGACACCUUGACACAUAAAGCAACCGGGUACUCAGCAAGGCUUUUAAAGAAGCCUGAUCAAUGUCGAGCGGUAUAUGCAUGCUCUCACCUCUUUUGGGUCGAUGAUCCAGAGGGAAUUAAAGAUGGAGAAAGAGUUCUUCUGUGUUUAAGACGUGCACUGAGGAUAGCUAACGCGGCUCAACAAAUGGUUAAUGCAACCAGAGGUAGCAGCGGACCAGUCACGCUGUUUGUAGAAAUCUUGAACAAGUACAUUUACUUCUUUGAGAAAGGGAAUCCACAUAUCACUCCAUCGGAUAUACAAAGCCUCAUAGAGUUAAUCAACACCGAGAUGCUAAGCGACAACGGUAACACAACAAUCCACUCAGAUCCCUUCUUUUCAAGCACAUUGCGUUACAUAAGGUUUCAAAAACAGAAAGGUGGUGUGAUGGGUGAGAAAUAUGACUCCAUCAAGUUGUGACUUAUAUCACACAGUCCUCGUCAAAUCCCGAGAGGAAUUUUUAUGUAAUUUUCGAAAAAAUUGUGAAAACACUGAAAGGAAUGUAUGUACACAUGCUUGUUUUCUUUUCAGUCCAUGAAAAAAAUGGAGAUGGCCUUUGUAAUUUUUAUUUUCUUUGUUCCUAGUACUCACCUGUGUAUAGAAUCCUCGUUUCUGUAAACCAUUCUUUGAAUCAAUGCCUCAAUUCAACGUUGUUUCUA